GCGCGGUCACGCCGAGCCAGCGCCUGGGCCUGGAACAGGGCCGUAGUCCCCCAGCUUCACCCACCACCUCUCUACCAUGGACCCCCGCAAAGUGAACGAGCUUCGGGCCUUUGUGAAAAUGUGUAAGCAGGAUCCGAGCGUUCUGCACACCGAGGAAAUGCGCUUCCUGAGAGAGUGGGUAGAGAGCAUGGGGGGUAAAGUACCACCUGCUACUCAGAAAGCUAAAUCAGAAGAAAAUACCAAGGAAGAAAAACCUGAUAGUAAGAAGGUGGAGGAAGACUUAAAGGCAGACGAACCAUCAAGUGAGGAAAGUGAUCUAGAAAUUGAUAAAGAAGGUGUGAUUGAACCAGACACUGAUUCUCCUCAAGAAAUGGGAGAUGAAAAUGCAGAGAUAACGGAGGAGAUGAUGGAUCAGGCAAAUGAUAAAAAAGUGGCUGCUAUUGAAUUUAAUCUUUGA